AUGCUAUCAUGCCGCCUACGUUCCCCGGGACCGACGAAGGAGAAUAUCAAGAUUGACACGUGCGCGCGCAGCUGGCUUCCCCUCCUCUUCAUCCCGACCAACGCCUCGCCCGCCUUCAUCCUCCUCUUCCUCGUGUGCACCUACUUCCUCAACCGGCCAUGCGUCUACUGCUCCCUCCUCCUCCUCAUCCUCUUCUUCACCUCGUGCAACUGGUCUGAGCGGUGCUUCUUUGACUUCUCCGCCCUGGACUGGUACGCCCCUCGACCGCUGAGCCCGGCCGCGGGCACGACAAGCGCCUGCACCGCCGCCGCUGCCGCCUGUGCCCAUCCCGCGUGGAAGGCUAGCGAAAACUACCUCUCGAAUUCGUCCGAUGCUGCUGCCGCCGUACCGCAGGAAUGGACGGGCCUGGGUAUACAAUGGCUCAGGAUGCUCCUAGGGGGCCGGGAAUGGACCAUCCAGGCCCUCGAUCUCAAGAUACAGUUGUAA